AUGAUGCGGUAUAAUGAUGUUAAGGAUCUUAUAAAAGAUAGAUGCAACUUGACUGAUAUAAUAUUAGAUAACCUUAUGAUGGAAACUACGCUUACCCGAAAAGUGACUAUAGGAUUGACUGAUGAAAAUGACGCUGCUAUAGUAUUUAAAGAACUACAUGGAUUGGUACUAAGUGGACGGAAACUGAUUGUAGAAGACCUACGUAAAACUAAGGAUUCUGGUAUCCAUUUUGAGUUACCAAUGGCUCAAGAUCAAACUAAUAUGAUGCAAACAAAGCAUGCACUCACUUACAACGAGUCUGCAGGUGGAAAUUAUUCCUUAUCUAAUAUGAAUAUGAUGCAGAAUACCAAAAUGAAUUACUGUGUUCAGCCCAGCUUUGGCAAUAGCCAGCAACAGACGGUCGCUCCCCCCGCACCGGAUUACAUUCCCUUCGCGGAUAAGUUCAAGAAGGACUUUUACGACGACGGUAAAAGCGACAGAUACUUUAACUGGAAACAGGACGACCAAGCUCCGGCGCCACUGAUGAACGAUCGCGACUCGCGCCAUUCCAGUUUCACUGGUGACGGACGAUUCGGCCAAUGGGGUCGUCCCGAUGAGUUCGCUAGGCGGUCGGUCAGCGGCGAUCGGCGUUCCAACAACUCUGGCAAUGCGCGUAACGACUACCGUUCGUCCGAUCGGGACAUGGACGAUCGCUACAGAACCGCCGACGGCGGCAGUUCUGGACGUUUCCAGAACACCUUCGACCGUCAAUACGACGAUCGUCCCGCUCGAUCGGACGCCCCGUACGAUAGGAGCCACGCGCGAGCCGACGACACGUCCCGCUUCCAUCGCCCCGGCGUCCGAAACAAUUACUCCGGGCCGAGUUACUCAGGUCAGGGAGUCAGGGCGAUGGGCCAGGGAGGUCAGGGAGGGCGUGGCGGCGGCUCGGUCGGCGGCUACCAGAACCGCCAGGAGCCGAGGCAAGCCUUUAACAAUCCUGGGUGGACACACAAGACCCCCUACGGCCGGAGCCAGGACUUCAAAGUGAACCGCAACGCGCCGGUCCAACAACCGUGGAACCAGCCUAAAAACCCCCAACCGCCCAAGGUGCAGACGAAAGCGGAUAAGUACACGGCUUUAAAGAACAAAGACGAGACAUGGCGUGGCCAGGCAGUCUCCGCCAUAGUGAAAGAUCUCCUGAUUGAAAGCGGCAUGCACGACUUUGUUAAGAGACAGUGUCUUUUGAGUUACGCCAAGCCUUUGGUAAGGGCGCGAAUAGACGGCAUGCUGGGCAAGCGGAAAGCCGUGCCCCUGACAGAAAUAAUUAACGAGUACAAGCGGAGGAAUCCCCCGGUGAUGCAGAGAUCGUUCAUUAUUGACAUUAGAAAGAAAUACGAGUGGUCGAGGGUUGAAAAUGGUGAGAUUACAAUGGAGGAAUAUGAUGAAACAGUCAAGCGCUUGGGCAGUCAGGUGAAGGCUGCAUCGAAACGACCCGCCCCCGCACCAGCCCAAGGAAAUCUGCCGAAAAAGGCUAAGUACCAAAAGAAACCAAACCCGAACACCCAACCCACCAAGGCUCCGCCACUGACCGAUAUUCUUCCUAAGUACCCGAAUGGCGAUAAAAUGGAGUAUAAAAAAUUGAAGCGUUUGGACGAAAGUGAGCAAGAUGUCUACGUGCACAAACUCGAACCCCAGCUGAAAAACGCCUUAGAUAAAGAGGUUGAAGUUUUGUGCUACUUGUUUAGAGAGGAAUGUCAGAAAGCUGAAAAUCAAGAUGAGCAGAACAUCUGCCUGCGAAUAAUGAAAACAAUAGAAGAUUUUGAAAAGGUAAUGAAGCUCAAUAUCAGUAAGCGCCUCCUGAACAUUGCACGCAAUCUUCCUUUGCGUGUGUUCACCGACCAAAAAGUGAACUCGCAGGAAGUCAAACGGCAGCUUAAAAAUUUGGGAAUAGUCACAUUCAGGAAGUCAAUGGGGAAGAACAAGUACAUAGCGACCUGCCGAACUUAUGAGCAAUACGACCAUCUGUGUGAUCAACAGACAUUCAUCGUAGAUGGACAAACUAUUAUAUUUAGACCGUUACAUAUGGGUAGACCUUCGAUGAAGAAGAAGGAUAAAGUAAAUGUUAAGCAGAAUCAGAAAUCAAAGGAAAUUGGCAAUGAGGAUGUUGACGAUGAGAUAGAAUUCGGUGACGAAGAGGGCGCUGGUGAAGAAUUUGAUUUUCCCGAAGAUGGGGAUGAUGACGAUAACUUUGGUGACGAGUUUCAUACUAAUGAUGAUCAAAGUGAUGAUGAUAAAAAAGAUAAAAAUUCAAGUAAAUGUGAUGACAAAACCAAUGUCGAUCGAAUCGAGGCCGAAGUUCCGAAAGAUUUGGAAGUCAAAACUGAAUCUAAGAAAGAGGUUGACAUAGAGGCUAAAGCUCAUGAAAAUGGAGAAGCUCAGAACGAAACUCAAAAUGUGGUCACUGCAAAAACCGAAGUUCAGGAAGUAGUUGAUGUAACCGAAGAAGCUCAGAAAGUGUUUGAUACAAAAACCGCAGAAGCUGAGGUAGUGAAUGAUGUAAAAACCGCUGAAGCUCAGGAAGCGAAUGAUGUAAAAACCGCCGAAGCUCAGGAAGUUAGUGAUGCCAAACCAGGGACCGAAGUGAAAACGGAAACAACUGUAGGUGGUAUUAACACUGACGCAACAGAAUCGACCUCCAAUAAAAAAACCGAGACUGAGACAGUAAAACCAGAACAAGCAACGGAAUCGAAUCGCAAUGAAAUGCAAAACGCGGAAACUGUGAAACUUUUUGCGGACAUUCAAGCCUUGUCCGACAGCAUUAACAGUGAAGGAAAUUUAAAUGAUGUUGAUGAGAAUAAGGCAGAUAAAGAGCAAGGCGGUAACGAUGUAGAAAGCAACGACAUAACGGAAAAAAAUCAUGCGAAUGAAACAAAUUCGGAUCAGAAUAUAUCCCAAGAGGAUCUAGAAGAUUUU